AUGGCUGUUCAGGAACUCCUGAAUCAAGUUGGAAGCCUGGGGAGUUUCCAAAUCCUUCAAAUAUCCUUUUUAUUCUUCCUCAAUUCUAUUGCAAUACCUAAUACUAUGUUGGAGAACUUUACUGCUGUUGUUCCCAGUCAUCACUGCUGGGUCCCCAUUCUUGACAAUGACACUGUUCUAAACAAUGACACUGAGAUCCUGAGUCAUGAUGACCUCCUGAUGAUCUCCAUCCCUUUGGACUCUAACCUGAGACUGGAUAAUUGUCAUCGUUUUGCCCAACCACAGUGGCAUCUUCUUCAUUUGAGUGGUACUUUCUCCAGGGUGACAGAGUCAGACACUGAGCCCUGUGUGGAUGGCUGGGUGUAUGACAGGAGCAACUUCCUUUCCACCACUGUAACUGAGUGGGACCUGGUGUGUGAAUGUCAGGCCCUUAAUUCUGUCACUAAAUUAUUAUUCAUGAUUGGCAUAUUUAUAGGAGUUAUCAUAUGUGGCCAUCUGUCACACAGUUUCUUCAUGCUAUUUCUAAAGGUCAUAAGAACCACCAUGAAAGAAGAGCUGGAAAUAGCACAAACAAAAUCUUCUCUAUGUGACUUGUUCCGUACACCCAAAUUGCGAAAGCGCAUGUUUAUCCUGUGCCUUUUGAGAUUUGUACAAAUAGUACCUAUUAUGGGCUUCAACCUCCACCUCCAACACCUGAGAAGCAAUAUCUUUCUAAUACAAAGUCUCAGUUGUGCAGUGUCCAUCCCAGUCAGUGUUCUUGGAAUGUUUUUACUGAAUCGCAUUGGCCGUAGAAAAAGUCAACUAUUUUCCUCUUUCCUAUUUGGAAUCUUCAUUCUGAGCACAGUGCCUGUGCCUCAAGAAAUGCAGACUUUCCUUGUGGUUUUGAUAACACUGUCAGAAGCAAAUGCUUCUGUAGUUUUUAACAGUAAUGUUCUACAUACAAAUGAGCUGCUCCCCACGGUGAUCAGGGCAACAGCAUUAGGAGUCGUUGGAAUUUUUGGUAGUUUGGGGGCAGCCCUGUCUCCCCUUAUUAUGAUCUUCAUGCUGUACUCUGCCUCCUUGCCCUGGAUCAUCUAUGGAGUCCUCUCCAUCCUUGGUGGCCUUCUUCCCUUUCUCCUUCCUGAAACCAAGAAUCAGCCUCUGCCUGACUCCAUCCAAGAUGUGGAAAAUGGGUGGAAAAGUUCAAAACAAGGAAAGGAGGAAGGUGUCAUCAUUAAAGUGACUCAGUUUUAA